AACAGCACCUUCCACCGGCGAGCAGUUCCAGCACCUCCACGUCAAGCCCGUCCAUCGUAGCUCGAGCUCGCGGUUCACAGCUCACAGAUCCGGCGAGCUUUCCUUCAUCCGGCGACAGCAAGCUCGCAACCACCAGCUUGCCGCCAUCUCCUCACAGCUCCGACGGCCAACGACCUUCUUCCAGCAUGCCCCGACGAGCUCCGCACCCCCUCCGGCGAGCCCAGAACCGCCGUCGUCCUCCUUUUACGAUGAGCAGGCCAUCACGACGAGCUCAGCAGUCAUCUUCCUCAGCUCUGUUUUCCAACAACAUGAACCAGCGCCAUACACGUUCAUGCGACCAGCAGCAGCUCGGUGUCCGUACACCUGCGAGCCAACAUCUCUGUGCCCGUAUGCGCGCAGGCCACUACAGCCAAGCUCAAAUCCGCACCACCCGUGCACGAGCUGCGCCUAAACACCUCGGAUCCGUGGCCAGCUCUCCAGAACAGACCCAAAUUUCCGGUCACAACCCG